UAGAUUUUAGCCAUUUUUACGGGCCAAAGUGAAAAUAAUAAUAAUAUGUAAUAUGUAUGUUGGCAAAAGAACACAAGUCAUUGCUUUGCUUGGUCCUGUCUGCGAAACUUUUCCAUAAAUAAAUCCAUUGCUUCCCGUCUUCUCUUCCACUCUCACCUCACUCAAGUCAUCAUCGCCGUUAACAAUGGCUUCCUCGCCAUCUUUCUCUCUCCUCGCCGUGGUUUUCUCUCUCCUCGCCUCGACCACCGCCUUCUCUCGCUCCCUCUCCCGUCCCUACGAAACGACCAUCCUCGACGUCGUUUCGUCUCUCCACCAGACUCACCAAAUCCUAUCCUUCCACCCGACCCGGACGAAUAUCAACCGCAGUCCAGAAUCGGAAUCCGACCCGGUUUUCCUCAAUGCCUCUUCAUUCUCUCUGGAGCUCCAUUCUCGUGAGACCCUCCUUGAAUCGCAACACAGAGACUACAGGAGCCUGGUAUUGGCUCGGCUCGAGCGUGACUCGGCGCGAGUAGCCGGCAUCGCCUCCAAAGUCAGACUCGCGAUCGAGGGUGUCGACAGAUCCAAGCUCCAACCCGCUUAUGACGACGAUACCAGGAUCCGACCGGAGGAUCUGAGCACUCCGGUUGUCUCCGGAGCGAGCCAAGGAAGCGGCGAGUACUUCUCACGAAUCGGAGUCGGGACUCCACCCAAGGAUAUGUUCAUGGUUCUCGACACAGGAAGCGACGUGAACUGGAUCCAGUGUCAGCCUUGCUCCGAUUGCUACCAACAAUCCGAUCCCGUUUUCAACCCGUCUUCGUCUUCCUCGUACUCGUCUCUCUCCUGUGCUUCGCCGCAGUGCUCAGCUCUCGAGAUCUCCGCCUGUCGGGCCGACAAAUGUCUCUAUCAGGUCAGUUACGGUGAUGGGUCGUUCACCGUCGGCGAGUUCGCCACCGAAACGGUGACGUUUGGGAACUCGGGCAAGGUUAACCGCGUCGCUUUGGGGUGUGGGCACGACAACGAGGGCUUAUUCGUUGGAUCCGCCGGUUUACUCGGUCUCGGCGGUGGUGCUUUGUCUCUGACCUCUCAGCUCAAAGCUAAGUCGUUUUCGUACUGCCUCGUGGACCGUGACUCGGGCAGAUCCUGGAGCCUCGACUUCAACUCGGCCCGACUCGGUGGUGAAGUGACCGCUCCUCUCCUCCGCAACCACAAGAUCGAUACGUUCUACUACCUGGGUCUAACAGGCUUCAGCGUCGGUGGACGUUCGGUGGCGAUCCCGCCGUCAGUGUUCGCCGUCGACGAAUCAGGAAGAGGCGGAGGCAUCGUCGACUGCGGACCCGCCGUGACUCGGCUGCAGACUCAGGCCUACAACUCGCUCCGCGACGCGUUCGCGCGACUCACCACCCACCUGAAAUCGGCGACGACGAGCAUCUCGCUCUUCGACACUUGUUACGACUUCUCGUCUCUCUCCACAGUCAAAGUCCCGACGGUGGCUCUCCACUUCGGCGACGGAAAGUACCUCGAUCUUCCGGCGAAGAAUUACCUAAUACCCGUCGACUCCGCCGGAACUUUCUGCUUCGCCUUCGCUCCGACGUCGACGCCGCUCUCGAUCGUCGGCAACGUGCAGCAGCAGGGGACACGUGUCAGCUUCGACUUGGCAAAUAACCUUGUCGGAUUCGCAACGAAUAAAUGCUAAAAACACUAAAAUAAAAGUCCUCUCCUCCUGUCCCGGUGAUUUUAUUUACAGUAAAGCUUUUUUAUUUUAUUUUUUUACAAGUGUGCAUUUUCUUUUUUCUAGUUCUUAUGUUUACAGGGUUAGUUUUGGAGAUUUUAAACAUGUGGGGCUGAUUGAGAUAGUUAUACCAUUUUUAGGGUGGGAAAUGUAAUAUAUAUAAGUUUGUGAAA